GGUAGCAAAAAUCGGUUGAACAACCACAACAUUCAAAUCAGCCAAUUCUGCUCAACCUCCAGUUGAACCCCACCAAUUUCCCUUCCAAUGAAAAACCUUCUUCAAUUUCAGAGGCUAUUUAUUCUAUUAUGAUGAAACCAUGUCCUCCAUAGUUAACACUUAACACAUAUCUUUCAUUUAAAAGAAAAACGUUAACACUUAACACUCAAUUUUCUUGCAAUGGCUAGCAGCAACAGCAGCAGCAAUGAGCGUGCAGGGGCAGAGAUAGUGCACGGUUCCGAGAACUGCUACCGCCACUCGAUAGAGCUCAUAGAAGAGCUUGGAUUCCCCACAGGGGUCCUUCCAUUACAGGACCUUGUGGAGUGUGGCAGAGUGAGGGAGACAGGAUUUGUUUGGAUGAAACAGAAAGCUCCAAUUGAGCAUUUCUUUGAAGGGACUAAAACUCUUGUGAGCUAUGCAGUGGAGGUCACUUGCUACGUGGAGAAGUUCAAGAUGAAGAAGAUGAGUGGGAUUAAGAGCAAGCAAGCGUUUCUCUGGGUGCCUAUAUCUGAGAUGAGCAUGGAUGGUCCUGGAGCAAAGAAGAUUGUGUUCAAGACUCCUUUGGGGAUUGGUAAGUCUUUCCCUGUUACAGCAUUCAUGACCAUUGAGGAGAAGGAGAAGUACUUGCAGGGUAAGAAGGAGGAGGAGAUUAAAGAAAAUUGUUGAAAUGUGACAACUUAAUUGGAUUGGAGGUGGAGCUAGCUCCAUGUUCUUGAUAAUUUGAUUAUAUUUGAAUAAUGAAUAAUAGAUAAGGUCUAAUGAGAUCUUGAUUAUAAAAGAUCAUCAAGUAGAAUAUAUAGUGUUUACUAUGUAUGCAUUGUUGUUUUGAUGAUGCUGAUUUAAUAUGCAUUCACAUUUUGUUCUGUUAAA